AUGGGAGGUGGAUUGAUCGCCGUCGAUCAGCGAGCAUCGGACGGCGGUCCGGUGCUGGAGCCAGGGGAGGAGGGCGAACCGGGGGAGGUUCUUCUGCAUUCCCAGCCUGACGUGGGAUUGGUGCUUGGCGAAUCCGACGUGGACGAAUCAGGCAACUUGUACAUCACAUCCAAGCGUGUGGUAUGGCACUCCACGCACACCCCGCACGGCGUCGCAGUGAGUCUGGUGGAUCUGAGCAUGCACGCCAUCUCCAGGGACCUCGACGCAUACCCCAAGCCAUGCAUCUACACACAGGUGGGUGGGUGCGUGGGAGCUUGUUGGUACUGCCAUCUGACUGUGGGCAGUCAGCCUGGUAGAUCGGAUCAUCUGAGCAUGCACGCUAUCUCCAGGGACCUCGAGGCAUACCUCAAGCCCUGCAUCUACACCCAGCUGUGUGUGUGUGUUGAGCCUGAGUCUCCGCCCAGAGAGGAAGCUGCGUUGGAUGCCAUUUUCAGAGCGCUGUGCGACAGUGCUGCUCUAAAUCCCUGUUUUUCCUCACUCUAUCUCCUUCCCCCUCCCAUUCUCCCAUCCCAUGCAGUGGAUGCCAUUUUCAAAGCGCUGUGCGACAGUGCUGCACUGAAUCCCGACCCAGAAGGAGCGGAGCAAGAGGGGGAGGGCGAUUGGUACUAUAACGAGGAUGAAGUGUUGAGCAACGCACGAGUGGUGUUACCUGAGGGAGAUCCGGACCAGUUUGAAGAUGCAGAUGAGGAUGAGGACGAGGAGGAGGGAGCUGGUGCUGCUGCCGGAUCAUAG